UUAAACAAGACGACUAUGGGGCCUUUCGUGGCAUGGAAGAUGGAGAAGAUUUCCCUGACACUCUUCUUUGCUAGUUUCUUGCGUUUUCUCGUUUUCUGUAAUGGAAUUGAAUCACCCCAAUUUACAGUUGUUCAUUCUGAAUCCGAUUUUGAGAUAAGAUUGUACAGGGAGUCUUCGUGGAUUUCAGCUCCUGUUCGAGGAAUUUCUUUCGAGAAGGCGACCAGAGAAGGCUUUCACAGAUUAUUCCAGUACAUCCAAGGUGCAAAUUUGAACUCUUCUAGGAUCAGAAUGACAACUCCUGUUUUGACAAGCAUUGUCCCAGAGGCUGGGCCCCUACAUUCAUCAGCUUACUUUGUGCGAUUCUACUUGCCAGUGGAGUUCCAAUCUACCCCACCUGCUCCCCUCCCUGAACUGAACCUGCAGUCUGAUGCAUGGGGAGACCACUGUAUUGCAGCCAGAAAGUUCUCAGGGUUUGCUAGGGAUAGUAACAUCGUUGAAGAGGCAGAGAAACUUGCUGUCAGCUUGAGCAGAUCUGCAUGGGCAAAUUCAACCAAGUCUGAAAGCAAGGAAGCUUACUCAAUUGCACAGUAUAGUUCACCUUUUCGGCUUAUAGGGCGUGUAAACGAGGUUUGGGUGGAUCUUGAUGGAUCUGAAAUGGACAAAUGUGGAUUCAGUGGUGUAUCUACAUACUAAAUGCUUGCUAGUUUCAUGAGUCACAUAAUGCACUCCGGUUGUGCAUGGACUAAAUAGAACAUGUAUAAUUCAGUCUGUCUGUAUGUGCAUAAAAGAAUCCAAGGAGAAAUUGUGGUUUAGUAGAAAAAUUAAUUCCCUUCUUUCAUUGUA